CUUGCUUUUGGGUCUUGGAUAUCAGACGACACAGAGGGGAACAGAGGCAAGUGUUUUUGUGCUUCAUUUUUGAAGCGAGGAUGUUGGGGGGAUAAGAGGGAGUUUCUGUAAUAGAUACUUAUCUUACUGCCCUCAAGCCCCUCAAACAAAGUCCCCCUCUGAAGAGAUUAUAACCCAGGGAGGGCACAUUAACUCUAAUCCCAUGCUUUGAGGCCUUGCACCCCCAUACCACCCUCUGCCCCACUUAUUCCGACCCUUCUGUUGUUGGGGGGCUACCUUGUAUCUGGUGCAUGUAUGAGCAGAGCCUGUGGCUACACACCAGGGCUGUGUGUGUGUGUGUGUGUUUGUGUGCGAGUCGGGGGGUGGAGUGACUGGUUCAAUAGCACGCUGACUCUAAUGAAAAGCAUUGAGGGGUGCAUACUGCUGUGUAACUGAUUCCUCUCUCUGAAGAGAUUAGGCGCUACAUUGUUGGUUCAGUUGCUCAUUUCCAUGAGAGCACAGCCUCCCACCAGCGGCCGCUCGCCUUUGUUAUUUUGAGUUGGAAAACACAGAGCCCAAUGUCCCCGGCUUCCUUGUUACCAUUGUUUCACAAAUAGGCCAAAAUGUAGAUGUCACGUCACAGAUGCCCAAUAACCUCAUUAGCUGCUCGCUGUGAGGCUAAGGACGGAAAAUAACACUUUCAUCGACUACAGUCAGGAUUGAAACACGCAGUAUAUCAUGUUCAUCUGUACAGUAACAUCCUUCACCUAAAGACACUGCAUUUACAGCCGUAAAACAUCAAGAGAACAUCGUUAAACAGCCGAACGAAGAAGGAAAAUUCAAGUUUUAUAGUCAGAUUAUUCUGAAUAGAAUUAAAUCAUAACUGAAUAUUAAAUCCAGACAUAAAAAAUUUCAGAUUCAAGGAUAAACAACAUCUUUGGACUUUAAAGCUACUGUUGGGAACUUGGUUUUGGCAUCCCAUGUGAGAAAACAAGUACAGUGCUCAGCAUAAAUGAGUACACCCCUUCAGAGUUGUCAGAGAACCUUUAGUUUCCCUUCAAAUUCAACAUUUUCUAUGUCAGAAAAUACAACAAAAUACUCCCCCAAAUGUAGGCCAUUGUUUGCAACCAAAAUUUUUUUAAGUUGCAUACAAAAAAAGUACUUUUUUUAAUCUAAAAUCAGCUAAAUUUUAGUUACCAUAUCACCCUUAUUUCCAUCUUGUGAUAAAUAAAAUGUUUAUUUAAACUCGGCUUUGUUAAAACUUUGGAAAUUGCACUUUUGCUCGUCUAGAUAUUAAGUCAUAGAUCAAUUUUAAUAGGGGGUGUACUGACUUAAGCUGGGUACUGUACGUGUAAAAACUUUACAUGAUAAAUGAAGAUUAAAUAACCAAAAAAGAUCUCAUCCUGUUUUACUUAAACAGUCAAAUCUAUCACUCAGUUACCUGCUCUGACACCUUCCCUCCUUCACUGAAGUUUAAGACACUGAAAACUACAAUAAUAUAACAGUGAUCAGUCUUGUCACUAACGGUGACGUUUGCUUUCGUAGGUCAUAAAAUGGUAAUCGGUAUCAGUUUCAAUCUGUUUCACAACGCAGUUAAAAAAAACUCCUCACAGGAGCUUUAAACACCUUAGAUUUGUUCACACGUGUGCUCUACAGAUGUAGUUUUAAAGUCAGAAAUAUUUUCACAUUUCCCACUUUUCACAGACUUUGGUAUAUCUCACAUGUGAGCAAAGACUUCAUUGUUAUUUCUUAACUCCUGAUAAGUUAUAUUUCUUAUAGUUGUUUAGUUGCAGAGACUAACUCAGUAGAAACACAUUAAGGGAGAGUUUUAGAUACUGGUAUUGAUACCUGCAGGUGAAGAUGACGGCAGGUAUUUAGAGAACAGAUAAAACUCUUAUUAAAGUCCUCGAAAGAGCAGAAAGGGGGAUAAAGAGAUAAGAAAUGACAGAGGACAAUAAAUGAUGCCUUAACAGCAGAAAUCUGUCAGAAUUUAUCAUGUUUUUAUAUAUAUAACAUAAUUUUUAAAGCUAGCUGACACUACAUAGAACUAAAGAUACAGUAGAAACACCUUUUAAGUCACAUGUUUAAACUCACUUUUAUAGACUUGAUUUAACAUGAUACUUUUACAUGAUCCAUGAUUUAUUUAUUUGUUUUAUUGCCUGCAUACCUCUUGUUGAACCUUGUCAGUCAUUAUUAUUAUUAUUAUUAUUAUUAUUAUUAUAUUUUCUAAUUAUUAUUUUGUUACUAUAUUUUUAUUUUUAUUAUUUAUUAUUUUUGUUACUAUAUUUUAUUAAUCAUUAUUAUUAUUAUUGUUAUUGUUGUUGUUGUUGUUGUUAUCAUUUUUGGUAUUGUUUUUCACAUUAGUCCUGUAUAACAUUUUCUCAUGUUUUAAUAUCCUCCCUCCCUUUUCAUUAUUACUCGUAUUUUACCUUAUGAUUUUAUUAUCGAUGUAUUUAUUUCUCUUCCUCUUUCUUCUGUCCUCUAUCCACCUUUUUCCAUCCUGAUGUGAUGCUGUCAACCUCCAACCUACUGUCCAUUUUUGUCUGUUUAUGCCUUAGUUUUCUUCUUCUGUUAAAGCACUUUGUAAACAUCUGUUUUUAAAGGUGAUAUAUAAAUAAAGUUAUCAUUAUUGUUGUUACAAUUAUUUUAUAUCUUCACAAAUAAUCAACUGAUCCAUUAAACUGACAAACUUGACAAAGUUUCCUCUGAAGAAUUUAAAGACUUUUCUUCCUUUUGUCUUUCCAUACCAGCUGAUAUUAGUUAUAGAUGUAAAAUAUAACCCUAAAGAAACUUCCAGAAAUUGUUGAUUAAUAUUUUGUCAUUUUAUGUCUUAUAGUGCUGUUAGUUUGAUUCUCUUUAUCAUCUCAAAUUCAGGUACUUAAGAGUCUCUGUUUUCGUCACAUUUCUGUUCGCUUAACACCCUCACCCAAAAGUUGAAAAUGACAUCUGGCUUUGUCCCAAACCCCACAUGAUUUGUAAAAUUAAGGUACAGCAGGCUACGAUCUGCACCAACGAGCUCACCGGGGAGCUGUUCAGACCGGGCUAACCGGACCAGGACCCUCCAGCUGAGGGGUCCUGUGGGGCCGCAGCACCCCGACACAGGGAGGCACCAACACCAGCACCAGCUGUCACACCAGCACAUCACGGCCCUACCAGCGCCGCCUGUCACUCACUCAGCAGAGGGCCGUCAAUCAGCCUGCACCCAGGAGGGAGCGGGGAGGCGGGCCCCUGCCCGGCCCUAAACAAAGACAUACUUACAUUUGCAAGCGGUUUGAGCGCCACGACUAUUUAGAAAGAAUGAUAGAGUGGUCCUGAUAAGAGUAAUGACAAAGGACAAAGAGUGGGAGGAGGUCUGGGAGAGGGGGUCAGAUAGUAAAGAGGUGGGAGAGCUUGAUAACAUUCACACCCUGCUUACAUCUCUCCAUUUGUGUUGCUGCCCCAGGAAAAUCUCAUUAGGGAGGAAAAUUGGAGUUCUGGUUGGAAACCACGAUGUGUUUGUGGUCAAUUGACUCUUUGUGAUCGGCGUCGUUGAAAUUCUGCUCCUUAAAAUCAAACUGGGGGAGGAAAUUCUGGUGUAAACAAGAAACAGCGCUCUACAAAAAAAGCAAAAACUUAACAAAUAAAACAAGAACGACUGACGACAAAAGAUCAAAUUCUGCAGAUGAAAAUUCUACCUUUAAACGUGUCCUCGCUUUUCUCUUAUUUCACAUCAUGCACUCCAAACCAAUCUACCUUCUAACUCCCCUCUCUCUCUUUCUUGUGGGUUUAAGUCUUUGUCAACUUUCUCUCCUCUCAGUUUUCUCUCCUCUGCAGCUCCAGUAAAAAUAAACUAACAAGCAGGAGGCGUUGAAGACUGUGGAUUCUCUGCAGGCUUUUGUUGUCCCGUUCACACCUACCUAUGAGCUAUUCUAAUUGCAUGUUUAGUCCCUUUGUUCGCUCGCAGGUAGGGGAUUGCCUGUAAUUGAGGUCACACCUUAACCUUUUGUCUUGACCUGCUCAUUAAGCUCCGUUCACUGUCAUUCUUGCAGUUUUAGCCCCAGAACCAGGCCCUUGUUUCACCCGGCUGUCUGUGCACUAUGUGGAAUAUGCGGAGGAUUUGCAGAUAAAGAAAGCCUGUUUUGUUUCAGCGCAGAGGAAUGACUAUCAGGGGUUAUCAGAGAUAAAGAUAAUUUCAUCCUCUUUGCUAUCUUGUUCUAUAUCAGGACAAUCCUCUUCCAUUUGGUCACUUCUCUCUCCUGUAAACGAGCGACAUCCUAACGGCAAACAGCUCGAACCCGACCUGUCAGAGCAGGACCAACACCUGCAUUGUGAGCGAGCCGCAGCGAGAGGAAGAGAAUGAAAAGGAGAUCUGUGUGAGGGACAAAGGCCGCAGCCCUGAGCUGUUUGUGUUGUGAGAUGUAGACACUGAUGCUCUAAGCCGCCUUCUCUUUGCUCUCCGCUCCGACCAUUGUUGCUCCUCUUCAAAUUUGCUUUAGGUUCUGUGGACCCCACCCUGACGAAUUCUUUCUCCCCUCCACCUUCAACACUUUCUGAAACCCUACAUUUCUCUUUUUCCCCACACAACACUACCUUAAAUAUACAAAAAGAAUAACUGUUUAUAACAUCACAACGCCAGAAGUGUGAAAAAUCUUCACUUUCAACUUCCUCAGAGCUCUAGAUCUCAGUCUUUUGUGAGCAUUUAACCAAAAGGAUCACUAUCAAACCGACUGAUAGUGAUCCGAAUCAUUCAGAGGAGAUCAUUCCCUCUCUGUUUUUAUGUGCCCAUUGACUUUUAGUCAGUUUCUGUUCGGUCCUUUCAGAGGCUGAAGUGGUUUUGUUGCAGGAAAGAAGAGAAAUCUGCAUAUGAAAGGAAAACAUACUGCUCUGUUACUGCAGUGGAAGAAGAAGUGCUGAGAUCCUUCACUCGAAUUUAAGAGUCUGUAUCGACGUGGAGAAGAAAUCAAAUACGACUGAAAGGACUUUAUUUUAAACUUAAGCAAGAUAAAAGUAUUUAAGCAGCAUUUUAAAACUUGUUAAAGUAGAUUAAGAGGUUUUGUCAAAAUCAGAUAUAAGGUUUUUUGGAGAUAUUUAAAGUGUAUAAUAGGUUAAAAAGAUUUAAGUACUUUCAAAAGCCAAUAUUCUUCCAAAUUAAUAUACUUUGUUGGUUUUUUUAUUCGUUAAGGAAGCACAGGUGAUAACUAAAUAAACUGCAAUAAGACAAAGCUCUCAGAUAGUUAAAAAAUGAUAGUAUGGGAACCUUGAAACUAAACUGUAUCAACUUCUCUUAUUUUUCAUGGCUGCGCAAUUCAUAUUUAUCAAAAAAUCAAAAUACUCAUGAAUUUUUAAACUCAUUUUACAUCAUUCCUGUAAUAAAACAAUAAAACUCUGAAGUCUUAUCCAAGAGUCCUGGAUCCUAAAGAGACGAGAUUUGUGAAACUGGGGUUUAUAUUGUUCAAAUUUUUAUUUAAUUAAAUUUUCUAUGUUUUGGACAAGAAACCUUGAAUUUUUUCAUGUCAUAUUGUUUUCCAAAGUUUCACUACACUUUAAAAAUUUUUAGACUUGUUAAAAAAGUUAGAAAUUCAUUCAUAGGUUAUUAGUUUGGCUGCAUAAUUCAUAUUUGUUACUUAAAUAUUUUUAAAAAAAAGGGGAAAAAAUCCAAAUACUCAUGAAUUUUUUAACUCACUUCACAUUAUUCCUGUAAUAAAAAUCAAAUCAACUAAAUUCAAUCAAAGUCAGAUUUUGCACUCGCAUAUUUUGGAUUAUACCCACAAUAAAAUCAUGAUACCUACUUAAUGUAGAGUGUUUUUAAAUACUUGAAUUAAUUCUAUUUUCCUAUAAAUCAAAAACCCACUCUAAAGUCAUCAUUUAAUGAAACUGGGGUUAAUAUUGUUCGACUUUUUCCAACUUAUUUAACAAGUCUCACAUUUUUUUAAGUGUAGCAAAACAAUAUGACAUGAAAAAGUCAAAGUUUCUGAUCCAAAACCUAGAAAAUCAAAUUAAAUCAAUCCAUUCACAGAAUAUUCUCUUAGAUUAGUUUGAUUUGUCUUCACUUCACUGAUUAUGUGGACACUUUUUUAAUGUGUGGUCUGGAUGUUUUACAUAAAUAUUGCAAAAUUUGGAUUUACAAAGAUUACAGCUCAUGUGCAUAUUAGAAAAUAUGGAUCCUUUAAUCUGAGACAAUCAGAUAUUUUACCAUCUUUAAAGCCAAGUGAACUAAAUCUAAAGCAUGUUGAGAAACAAGUACUCAUUUUUUAAAAAUCACAAAUCUUACAAACUGUAGAUUGUUGUGAUAAAAAUAUGAGGUUAAAAAAAAGAGACCAAACUAAAGUAUAAAUCAGGAAUACUAAAGAUUAAAUGUCUCCCUGCCAACAGUCUGUAAAGGUGUAUCCACUCCUCACUCUGUUAAUAUAAUAAUGAAAAUGAUGUGAGAUAAGAAGGGAGGUGUGUGCUUCUCCUUUGAACUCAAACCCUGAGCUUAACUCUCUUUCUGAAGGAGGGGGGUCAGAGGAAUAAGAAGUGUAAUCUUCUCCUCUUAUCUAUAACACCCCCCCUCCACACACACAUGAACUCACACACAUUAGCAUCUGUUAUCUCACAAUUAUCAUAUACAUUAGUCAACACCUGUUUCGCUUAACCUCGUUUAAUUAGGGCCAUUGAAACGCCGCGCUUCACCCAUAACAAAACCAUCCGACAUGUAAGAGGACAGUUUGUUGUGGUUCGAGCAAUGAAUUAACAAAUAAAAAGAAGAAAUGUGGCUCCGAGGCUGUUCAGCUUGACAGAUACGGGCUGAAUACUUUAUUUAAUUCCUAAAUUCCUCAAAGAAAACAAACAGUGGAGCUGAUUUCCAAAGGAGGAAAUCUAUCCGUGACUUUUACGCGUGCGUAAAAUGUACCUUUUUUUGUUUAUUAGCGUGAUUCACGCAACAGAGACGGUUAAUUUGAUUUAAAAGAGCUACAGAUGUGAGUGUGAUGGAGUGUCAGGAGCGGCAGGAAUGACUGGCAGGAUGUCGUUAACUGAAUUCAGCUCGUUUUCUAAGAUCUCCGCCGAAUAGUGCCAGACAGGAGAGUGUUAAUUCCCCGAUCAAAAUGACUUCAAAGCAGAGUAAUCCUUCAGACAAAAACGAUAAAAAGUGUUAAAAACUGAACAAUGGUGAUCACCAAACAUGUGUUAAAUCUUUUUAGGUGCUUGGCGGUGAUGUUUUGUGUGAAUAAAGACGAUUAAACAUGAUUUUAUCUCUACUUCUGGAUGCUGAAACUGUUCAUGCGCCUAAAAUAAAGUGAUAAAACUGUUUUAAACUUUUUCCUGAAGAGAAAAAGGUUUAAUUUUACUCUCCUUCGUUCACCUUUAUCCGUGUCUCCAGAAGAAAAAAGCCACAUUUGCAUUGAAACUUCAGCUCUCUGCAGAUAUCUCUGUGUUGCGAUAAGCAGCCCACACUGAGCCUCUCCACCAAAACGCUAAAAGGAACAGCGGAGGGCUCCUUUGAUGGGAUUUAAUGCCAGUGAAAGCUGGAGGUCUUUUGAACGUAGCUGUCAGUCAAUACCACAGGGACCUCCCCCCUCUCCCCCUCUCUCCCCCCCCUGCACACACGCUGGCAGUAGGGUGUGUAUAAAUAGAUCCCGGAGGUUGGAUUGUCACUCAAACCCGAAUAGCUGGGACGCAGGAAAGAUGCCCGCUUCACAAACUGGAUUUGGAAACUUCUUCCUGGAGAGGAACAUCAGUAUGCCGGCUGGAUAUCAGAUCCCGGUGCUGAGCUGCCCGCCGGGGGUGCAGCAGCAACAGCAGCUGGCGGCGAUGGCAGCUGGAGUUCCUUUUACUUACUCAGGACUACAAGGAUACAACUUUAUACCUUAUCCACAGCACAGGCACAUCGCACACAUGGUGAGUGGAGAACUGAAUCGUGCGUUUUGGAACCGUUUUUAACCAACGAUUGGCAUAAAAUCUGAUCUGAAAUGGUCAAAAUUUUCCCAGGAGCAUAAUCAUCUCAUUGCAAUUUCACAUAACGAGCUUCAUCUGUGAUUUUCCUGUCUCUAACUGCAUCAACCUUUGAUUUGUGCGCUCUGCAACCGUCUCCAAACCCGUGCGUAAAAUUUCCAUCUCUUAACCUGCUUUAUCUUUAUUUUCCAGAACAACGGCUUCGACUUGAAGGCCGCCUCCUCCUAUCAUCACGCGCUCCUAGCUCGUGGAGGAGCUUUCUACCCACCAUACCGCCCAGGAGCAGCAGAGGACCCCGGCAGGGUCGCCAAGGUGGCCACCCGGGAGAGCACCGGUGCGCUUAAGGCCUGGCUAAACGAACAUCUGAAGAACCCUUACCCGACCAAAGGGGAGAAAAUCAUGCUCGCUAUCAUCACCAAAAUGAGCCUGACGCAGGUCUCCACCUGGUUCGCCAACGCGCGCAGACGCCUGAAGAAGGAGAACCGGGUCAGCUGGGCGUCCAAGGGGAAAUCAGACGAAGAGGAGGAGGACGAGGAGGAGCAGGAGGAGGAGAGUGAGGGAGAAGAUGAGGUUAGCUCGCUGCAGAAAUGUCCCCUGGAUGAGCGGGACGAGGAUGAGGCUCACGGUGAGACGCACGAGCAGGUGGAGAGCGAAGCAGCACCUGUGGAGGCGCGUUUGGAGAUGCCUCAGCAGCCGAACAGCGAGGACAGAGAAGUUGCACUUGUUCAUGCCAAGAAAGUUGACAACUCUGAUCACACGCCUUCCGCUUUGGAAAGUAAAGAAAACAACGUGAGUCAGAAACCUAAGAUCUGGUCUUUGGCAGAGACCGCCACCUCAGACACUGUGAAGAAACCCGUGGACAGUAUUUACCACCCGGCCGGAAAACUGUGGGCAGAGUGGGCCUCAAGAAACGGCCUGUUUGUUCCUUCGUGUUACACCGCUCAAGAAACCGUCUAAAAGGGCGUUUUUGGACUGAAAAUAAGAGACUCUCCCCACAUCUUUUUGCACUUUAAACCUUCAAACCUCAGGGAUUUGUACUUCCUGGAGUUUGCUGUGAAAACGCUUUGGGACCAAAGACUGAACCUGAUAUUGUAAAUAAAUGUAGACGUAUUUUUUCACCGCCAACAUGUAAAUUAUGUUUCCUUUGUCUAAUUGUGGAAAAAUAUUUUUGCUUAAAUAAAGUUAAGCUUUGAAUGAAGUUCUUUGGUGUUUCAUGGUCUAUGAGUUUGGAAAAUAAUAGCUCAGAAAGUAAAAGCAACUAAAAGGAAUCAUUAAAAUUACGCAUAAAAUCAGUCUUUUAGUUUGGGCUAAAUUUGCAUAUCAACCCCAACUUUAAA